ACAGUGGGAUUAAGGAGCUGUUUGUUCCUGAGGAAAAACUCGAGGAAGCAAAACAAGAAGCCGAAGAGAUGCCUUCAAUUGAAAUAUCUACGGUUGGUCUUGAGUUAUUCUUCUUACACAGCACUUUAUGGACUGUUCCCAGAAAAACAGGGGACUGUGAACAGUCUAAGCACUUUACUAAAAGAUUUUGUCCAAGUAUGGUACUGGUAUAAAGAGCACCGUAUUUUCUUACAAAGUAGUGUAGUUUUCCUUGAAAUGUGUACUCAACUAUACCUCAUCCCAACACUGACCACGGAGCUAAAUGUUUACUUUUCCUUGGUCCUAUUUAGGCCCGCUCACCCUUCUAGAAAUGGUACGAUCCCGUCAAAAUUAUUUUUUUUGGAAAAAAAAUAUUGUUUUCCCCUCGCGUAUAUGUUUCAGGCUACUUCGCGUCAAUUUCCGUGCGUUUUUCCUUACAUUUUCGGUUUCAUGCCCUUGCACACUGUUUGUACUAGAAUAAAAACAACUCUUUUCAAGGCAAUUCCAAGCUAAAACAAUAUGAAAAUCACUUUAGCAAGUUUUCUGAAUUUUGUUUUUCUUUCUCUUUGUUUUUAGGUGGAUCUCCAGUGGGUUCAAGUGCUCUCCGAGGGAUGGGCGACGCCUCUCAAGGGUUUCAUGAGGGAACUGGAGUAUUUGCAGAGUCAGCAUUUUGGUCUCUUGUUAGAUGGUACGUUUUCUCUUAUACUCGCAAUUUGCCGAGGAAAAUAGAAAAGGAAAAUAUGUUUUCAAAGAAACGUUCAAACGCUUUUUUGUGAGUUACGGUCUCGUGCCAUAAUCUGAUCGUGUUAUAUUUGUAUUGUCUGUAUUGUCUCAUUUGCCCAAGCACAAACCUUUCGUUCCUGUCGUAUAAGGAAGCAAAUUUUUCUUACACAUGUUGUUUAUACAGCUCCAAAUGGACAAAUGAUUAGUUUAUGUGAUGUUUAGACCCCUACGGUUUGCAAUGGUUUUUUGGUUUCCUUUCUUGAUUUUUGCCGGUUUUUUCAGUUUACUGUUGUACAACUUGAUUCGGAAGUGCAGUCCCAAUAUAUUUGGAGAGUCCGCAUUUUGGUCUCGUGUCAAACUACGUUUUCCCUUAGGGUCGCAACAUAUUAUAGGUUACAUGUUGCUGCAACACGUCGCGGUAGCAGAUCACUCCUUGUGCACAGGUCGGGCGACAUGUUGCGCGACACGUUUAAGCGAAAAUUGUUUCGUGUGUACUGGAGUCUUUGUUUACGCAACAGAAUUUUGUUGCCGCAACGAUUCGCACAAAUUCAAAUUCAUUUGAUUUUGCGGUACUUGUGACCACUUAGCAAAGAGAGACAGAGGAACGGGAUUUUCGGUUUUGGCCGCGCGAGAAAUGAAACGAGAGCGCGGUCUUUGACUCUCGUUCCUUGUUCUUUGUUCCGAAACUGCACGGAAACGCUUGCUACGCAGGCUAAGUGCGUUCCGACCUUAACACUUAUCAAUUGCAGAGGCUUUAAACCGGUGGUGUAUUUUGUCUGAUUAGAACCUAGCAAGGAUCGGAUAGAGGUAUAUUUGAUAAUUACACUGUUUCAAUCGCAGAGGGCGUGGUUAAUCAGUCCAUUCCCAUCGUGCUUCCUGUUGAAACUGCUGACAAAGAGAGACUGGUGAAGGAGAAAGCGUUUGCCCUUCGCUUUCGGGGAAAACCAGUUGCUAUCAUGCGAGAUCCUGAGUUUUAUGAACACCGCAAAGAGGAACGAUGCGCCCGACAAUUUGGAACAACGAAUACUGGACAUCCUUACAUCAAGGUAACGGCGGAAACAUUCAAAACGAAAUGCUUGAUACCCGGUUAAAAAGGAAAUAACAUCACAGGAUGAGAAGUAAAACAACUUAUGAUUACGAUUGCUGGGCGUCAAUUCAGAAAAAUAAACACGGCUUGAGCCUUGAGCCAAACCAUUUUAUUUCUACUCAAUAAAUAACAGUUAUUUUCAACUGUUGAAUAUGAGAAAUCGAACAAUCUAAGAGUGUUUUUGAGUUAAAAUGAGCGGGAUGAAGGAGUCAUAGUAUUUUUCACACCUAUAUGUUUGUUUCUUUGUUUGCUUUUUCAUGCACUACUUUGUCAAAGGAUAGAUGUUGACGUGAUGCUGCAAAUUACAGUGGAACCUCGAUAUAACGAAGGGGCAACUCCAAGGGAUUGGCAAAAUUUGUUCGCUGUAACGAGGUUUUGUUAUAUGGAGGUUCUUUUUCAUAUAUUUUGUUAUACUGGGUUAAAGAAAAUCGUCCGUGAUACCAAGGAUGUCGUUAUAUAGGGGAUCGUUACAUCGAGGUUCCACUCUAUUUUUAAAAUCUGUUUCGUGGAGAAAAAGUCACACACAGACAGAAAUGAUCGUAAAUAGAUCAACCAGAGCAAAUGUGUUGCGGGCGACUGGUUAAAAAAAGAAACUAUUUUGUUCGCAGAUGAUACAUGAAUCAGGAGAUUGGUUAGUUGGAGGGGACCUGGAAGCCUUGGAAAGAAUUAAAUGGAAUGAUGGACUCGACAGCUACCGAAAGACUCCGAAUGAACUUCGGGCUGAAUUCCGACGACGAGAGGCUGAUGCCGUGUUUGCUUUCCAACUUCGAAAUCCAGUUCACAAUGGACAUGCGUUGUUAAUGCAGGUACGUAGCUACUUCGUGCAUGGUUACAGCUGGGCUAUGAAGCCACUAAUGUUGGCAGGAGUCUUUAAAGUAGGUUCAUAUGUUCCCGUAGAUGGAACAAAUAUAAAAUUUAGGCGAAGGGUAUAAAAUCAAUCAUUUACAUGAAUUGCGCUUGUAAAAUGUAAUGGAGGAGGAAGCUGAUGGUUUUCACAUUGAACUCUUUUUGUUGUUAACUGAGGAAAGUUAUUUUUAAUUUGGGUUUAAAUUCGACGAUGUGUCAGGGAAUUUAUUACCAUUUGAGUCCAGGUUUAAAAAAAUCACGAAAUGAAUCCUCAAGAAAAGUGACGCUACCAUCAUAUUUUAGGCGAAAUCAAAUACACGCAAAAUAGAGUGAGAUAAUUUGAAUUAAUCUCUUCCUAACAGGACACCAGACAGAAGUUACUUGACAGGGGAUUUAAGAGGCCUGUUUUGUUACUGCAUCCCCUGGGAGGGUGGACUAAACAGGACGAUGUUCCUUUACACGUCAGAAUGAAGCAACAUCACGCGGUUAUGGAGGAAAAAGUACUGGAUCCUGAACACACAGUUAUUGCUAUUUUCCCUUCACCUAUGAUGUACGCAGGUCCAACAGAGGUUCGUUAUCAUUGAUUUUAUGUUUUAUAAUGCAAGAGCACUAAACGGAAUCUGAUCCGAUAGCCAUAGGGUGCUUCACUUCAAGCAUAAGAAAGCUUCGCCUCACUUUGUUAAAACUACGGCUAUUACCAUUCCUUACAUUGGAAUUUUGCCUUAUUUUCGUGAAGCCUAAAAGCACAGGGCUUUUUGACAAGCUCAUAGUCAGCUCAGCCUUGCAAUUGACUCGUUGUUAACUGAUCCUGGUCCUAACUUUUUUGUUGUUUUUUUCUCCGUGUUUUUUCCUAUGUUUGGAAGAAGUUAAUUCGUGUCUUUUAUUGCUGUCCUUUUUGAUUGGCUGCAGUAUGUCACCAACCGGAAGUAAAGCAAAAUCUGUGCAUCCUAUGGAGACUUGUUCUUUGUUCUUACUCGUUCUCCUUUCUUCGUGUUUCGAUUGGUUUAUUUGAUCUCCAAUCGUCUGUUCUAACAAAGGACAAAGUGAAGCGUCGUGCAGGUGUGAAUCGCUUUAUUGAACUCUUGUUUUACUCUUGACAGGUUCAGUGGCACGCUAAAGCACGUGUGGCAGCGGGAGCAAAUUUCUUUAUUGUAGGACGGGACCCAGCUGGAAUGCCCCAUCCUGAUCCUCCUAAAAGGGACCUUUAUGAACAUACUCAUGGUAGAAAGGUAGGUUUUAAAAUGUACAUUUUAGUAAUCCUUGUUGCGACUCGGGCAACUUUAGGAGUUUCCAAACAUGCUGGUGUGAAAAAACUCCAUACUUUUACCAACUAAACGUGUAAAGCGAAGCAGAUUAUUGUUCUGGAAUUGACGUAACUUGGAUGUGAAAGGAGAGAGACCUUGUCGCCGUUUACAGACUGACUUAGCGUCGUAAGUGGAAUGGUCUGAGCUUAAAACUGUUUCGUUUUCCGGUCUAUACUAAGACAUUCCAAUAACCACUUUACAGAGCCGUCACUUCUACAAUGACAUUCAAGAUGUUUUGAAUUUUGUUGUUUAAAUUUAAAUAACACUCUACAGUGAAACCUGUAGUAAUACCGGUUCGUUUGACAAAAAUAUGGAAGAAUAAAACGGGGGCUUUCUAGCUUGCGUGGCAGGCAUUAACAGGAUUAAGGGAAGGGGGAGGGGGAAUUUCGGCGUGCGGGGAGGCUUCCUAUUCUUUGCACCCCCGAAUUUCCUCUUCCUCCUUCCUCUAUUUAACGCCGGCCACGCAGGCUAGGGGCUUUUUUGACUCUAAUAUCCGCUCAAUGCAGGGUGCCCGCUUAUUAUGCGGUCUGCGUAAUACAGGUUUCAUGGUAUCAAAAAUUUCAAAGAAGGUGUAUGAAGAAAUAGCGUUUUUGGAUUUGGUAUGUAAAACACCGAUACUUGUGGAGGGGAUAAGUCAGGACCAUUUAUAGCCACACCUAAGGUAUGCGAACACGUUUGGGGCCAGAAAUGUGUCCGCAUAGAUCAAGUUAUGGUGAGACGAUUUGUCAUAACAACUUUGCAACCGUCGAUGAAAUCCUGUGGUGUUUCCAUUCAAAUGAAACCUCUUCAGCAGUAAUUUCACAUGGUGCUUUUUUUUUACAAUGAAGUUGUAACUUAAACGUCUGUGGCCGAAAUCCUAUGGUGUUACCAUCCAAAUGAAACCUUCUCGGGAGAAGUUUUGCAUACUGCUAUUUAAAUCUUACGAUUUAACAAAAACAAAUUUGGAUUUUUUUGUUCAAAUCUUCAUUUUGGCCUCUAUGCGGAGUACAAGGGUUGAUGGAGGUUAAAAAACGCAUUGUUUAAAUCCAUGACCAAGUCUCCGCCUGGGGGAGGUGUUAGUUAGUGCAUAUGGUUUUAACCCUAGAUAAUCUUUUUCUUUACUAGGUAUUGACUAUGUCACCAGGUUUAACUCAGCUUGAGAUAGUACCAUUCCGCGUGGCAGCGUACAACACUAAAGACAAAAAGAUGGAAUUCUUUGAUCCUGCAAAGAAAGAGGAGUUUGAUUUUAUUUCUGGCACACGCAUGCGCGCUUUAGCACGAUCUGGUGAAGUUCCUCCGGACGGGUUUAUGGCGCCAAAAGCGUGGAACGUGCUAUCUGAAUACUACCGUUCACUUAAUGACAAUUAAUAAGGGAGCCUUAUAAAGGGCUAAAUCUGAUUCUUCUGUCGUUCUUAAAGAAGGUGGAUACUUUGAAAACUAAUUCAGCUUGCACCGUGCUAUAUUGUAGCUAACGGUACUAGCAUCUUUAGUUGAGAUUAGAGAACCAACGGAACUCACCCACAAACUCUAGAAAAAUAUAUAAGAGCUUGUUGUGACCUACAGAUAAGGUUAAGGUACUAUAAAACGGGCAACAAAAACGCUGCUAAACGAGCUGAAUGGCUGGGGUGCGCGUUUUACCACCCGCGAAUCAAACCUUUCUUGCAAAAUGUCUUGUUGCAGGUUGAAAAAAAAAUUGUUGCAGAAAGUAGAGAGUAGUUCUACUUUUUGCAACAAAAUCUGUUUACGUUGGGCGUUUUACCGGCCUGAGGCAAACUUGUUUUGCAGAAAGAGACGUAAAUCCCGUUUAUGGCGUGACUCCCGCGUAAUUUUUCCAAUCAUAAGUCAGUAUUCACGCAACUUGCAACAAUCUGAUUUGUUGCAAGACGGGUUUGAACGUGGGUGGCUAAACGCUGAACUUAGUUUUUCAACUCCUUAGCAGCAAUGCUGUAAAGCAGGGUGCACGUUUUUGUUGCACGUUUUACGGUAGCUUUUGAAUCUAUGGCGUCUCUUAAAGCUACUCUUCCUUCUCUGGACUGCAUUGCCCUUGCUAUUUUGUUAACAAACGAUUUUCUGAUUUUGUAGAUGAAGACAGUUACGUCUAAAAAGAUCGCUUUCUUCCAGUCCCUAUGGUACAAUUUUCACUUGUAAAAUUUGAUCUUAUGUUGCGUAUCCCCACUUGAAGAAACGACAGUAACGAGUCAGAGUCAUGACAUUGUUAGAUUGCACCACUGAACUCAGUUCUAUUUUAAUAAGUUUUUAUUCUUGGUCCAUGUGCCGCAAUGAGCAACAGUAUGUGUACAUAGGAUUUGUAAUGUAGAAUUUUUUCUUAGACUUAGCUUUGUGUCUUGAGUUAUCCGUUAAAUCCAGUUUCAUACUAAGAAACUGAAACGUUUUCAGAAUGGUAGGGAAUGGUAUGAAAAUUU